AGGUGUGGCAACCUGCUGAAGAUAUAAAGGAGUUGUGAGUUUACGAUAGUGUUUAGCAACAACACAGCACUGACUAAUGGAAGGGUUGAAACUUAUUCACGUGAGCCUAGAGGAAGCUCAGAACCAUGUGUGGCACAAGACAGAAGGGCUAAACUUCACUUCUCUGGUAGUGAGGAGGGGACAGCCUUUUCGACUCACACUGAGCUUCAAUGGACCUUAUAUGUCAAGAAAAGAUGACCUUAUACUCAGAAUAGAACUAGAUCGUCUUUACAAUGACAUUCCCAUCACAUCCUCAAAAGCCACAUCUCAGUUCCAGUGGUCUGCCUAUUUUCAGCAGGAUACGCUGGGCCCCAGCACCCCUCACAAGGCUUCUGUGGGUGUGUACAUUCCGCCCACUGCUAGCGUGGGAGUGUAUGAGCUCCAUCUGUUGUUCAUGUCUCGUUUUGGCUCUCACAGUUGCAAGGUUGGAGAGUUUACCCUGCUCUGUAAUCCUUGGUGUGCAGCUGACUCUGUCUACUUGCCUGAAGAAAAUCAGAGAGAAGAGUAUGUGAAGAAUGACUUUGGCCUGUUGUACCAGGGUACAGCCAAAAACAUCAGCUUUAGGCCAUGGGGCUUUGAUCAGUAUGAAAGUGGUAUCCUGGAGAUCUGUAUGAUGCUACUGCAGGUGAGCAAUGAACACAAGAAAAACUGGAAGAGUGAUUAUGCUAAUCGUGCUGACCCUGUUUACAUCAGCAGAGUCGUCUCAGCUAUGAUAAAUCAUAAUGAUGACUGCGGUGUGCUGCAAGGGAAUUGGUCGGAGGAUUACAGAGAUGGUGUCAACCCGUCAGACUGGACGGACAGUGGAACCAUUUUGAAACAGUGGGCCAAAUCUGGCUUCCGUCCUGUCAAAUAUGGACAGUGCUGGGUUUUUGCCGCUGUCAUGUGCACAGUAAUGAGAGUGCUGGGAAUCCCGACUCGUGUGGUCACCAACUAUAACUCGGCUCAUGACACUAAUGCGAACCUAGUAAUUGAAGAGUAUUACACUGAGAAAGGGGAAAAGCUGCCUCAUAAUCGUGACAGUAUCUGGAACUUUCACGUGUGGGUGGAGUGCUGGAUGAGGAGAGGAGAUCUGAGAUCAGGAUUUGAUGGCUGGCAGGCAGUCGACCCCACUCCACAGGAGAGAAGUGGAGGAAUAUACAGGUGUGGUCCUGCCCCAGUAAAAGCCAUUCAGAAGCGUCAGAUAGACUUGGCUUAUGACGUCCCAUUUAUCUACGCUGGAGUCAAUGCUGAUGUGCAGGUGUACAUUGUGCGCCAAGCACAAAUACUGGGCUCCACCACUGUGACAGACAGAGUGGGUGUUCUCAUAUGCACCAAGAGCAUGGGAUCUAACCAACCACAGGAUAUCACUUGUACCUACAAACACAAGAAAGCUCUACCACCAUCUGUCAGACCAAGAAGUCCAAUGCCAGGACUACCUCAAGCCAACAACCAAGGUCUUUCUGUAAAGCUGAGCUUCAUUAAUUUGCCUGUGUUUGGGGAAACUAUCUCCUUCUUAGUCACUGUGACUAAUUGUGACAGUGUUCUGAAGACAGUAAGAGAAAAUGUCAAUGCUCAGGCAAAGCAGUAUUACCACAGUCCAUCUAAUACCUUCUGGGAAGACAGUAACAUCAUCCAGCUUGCUCCUCAUGGAAGUAAAUUACUAGAGCACCAGAUCUCAUACAGUCAGUAUGAAGCACUGGGGAAUGAGCAGCUAGUCAAUUUGGCAGCGGUCGUAAUGGAUACAACCACUCAUGAGAGAGCCCUGGCUUCUGAAGAGUUUAACAUCACCAACCCAACCAUCGACAUACAGGUUGAUAAUGAGGACAAUAUCAUCGCCUGCAGACACCACGUUUCUAUGGUGACAUUCACCAAUCCGUUCUCUGUGGCAGUCAGAGGCUUGUUGACUAUAGCCGGUUCAGGCUUGCUGGAGGAGAAGGUGCUCAUCAAUGUUGCACUUCUGCAGCCCAGAGAGACCAUGAACACUAUGGUACGCUUUCUACCAAGGAUGGCAGGAGUGAAGAUGCUGCAUGCAAGUCUGAGCCUGGAUCUCAACCACAUUAUUAUCCGUGGCUUCAGAACCAUUACGGUACAGCCAGCUUGAAAAAGGAAAUCAGAACCAUGUACUGGAGCCACUGAUUGUAAAAUGUUUAUUUGCUUGAACUGUACCGGUAACUACGUAUACUGGAAGAAACAAAUAUGAAACUGUAUUAUUUAUUUAUUGCAGUGUUUUUCUAACUAUAUUCACUGUACUGAUAAUUAAUUGAUGUAAGUGUAUCUAUGGCCAGCAUUUACAAUUGUUUUACUUAGGUCAUGUAUCACAUAAAUAUUUUGUUUACCGUAAAAUACCAAAUAAUAGCCCGGGCUAUUAUUUGUCUCAAUCACGUAAGAGACCCGGCGCGUAUUAGAGACUAGGCGGCUAUUUGGAACAGGCGAUUAAUUCCUUCUUCACAAACACCUUCCCCAAAAUCUACCUCAAAACGGGGAAAAAAUCAUUCUCAGAUAGGCCUACUUUUAACCAGUAUAACUUACAGUUUGUUUAGAGUUAGAUUACAGAUAGCACGGUGCUGACUUCGGGGAAUUUUGAAGACGCAGAAUGCAUCUUCGCAUGGCACAGUCGGGGUGGAUAAAGGAUAAAUCACACACCUUUUCCUGUUAAUGACUAGUUAAGUGCAUGCUUUACAAAAUAAUCAAGAAACCACACCAUUGUCUGUGCGCAGCACUGUGAUUUAAUUACUCUGCAAAGUUAUGGUCACUUGCUAUCACCCUCACCCAUGCAGCCUCCACCCUUUGCGCUUCGCGAUGUCUGUCAAUCUGAAAUUGCAUGGAGGGCGCGACGUUGAAGCAACAUAAUUAGGGUGCGAAGU